GUGAUAAACCUCCAGAAUCCUGGGUGCCUCAAACGAGGAACUAUUAUUCAUGAAAUUCUCCAUGCCCUCGGGUUCUAUCAUCAACAGAGCAGCUUCGACAGGGAUGACUACGUGCAAAUCGUCUGGGAUAAUAUCUCCAAAGGAAAGGAGCACAACUUCGAUAAAUACAACAACAAAUUGGUGACUGAUUUCGGUGUGGGUUACGAUUACGGAAGUGUAAUGCAUUACAGUGGGAAAGCAUUCACAUCGAAUGGAAAUCCCACGAUUGUUCCACUCAAAGAGGGAGUGACCAUUGGACAGCGCAAGGGGUUCAGCAAAAAAGACAUUACAAAAUUACAAGCGAUGUACAAAGACGAAUGCAAAUCAAGAGACAACAGUGAAAAGAGCAGUGAGUUCGUCGAAGAUGCCCUCACCUGGAUCUUUCCAUGAAUCUUCUGACAUAUUAAUCGUAACAGACUGACUGAUUCAGAUAACACCUGUAUUAUAGUAUUCUAAAAAUUAAUUUACACCCACUAAUAAUUAUCUAAAAAUAUAAUUUAGUAUACCGCAAUUAAACCGAUUAUCAAUCCA